AAACCUCCUAUUAAAAGUACAACAAAAAGUCCUAUCAAAACUACUCAAAAGAGGGUUUACUAUCAAGAAGAGAACGACAAUGACGAGGAUGCUACAGUAAAUGAUACACACGAAACUCACUCAAAAAAAGCCAGACGGAAGGCUUCUAAGAAUGUCGAUUUCGCACUCAGGGCUAAAAUGUUGGAAACGAGGCAAGCAUUACCAAUUUGGACUGGCAGGGAUGGUCUCAUAGAUGCUGUACGCAAUCACGAAGUUGUUGUCGUCCUUGGUGAAACAGGUUCAGGUAAAACAACACAACUACCGCAAUUUUUACUCGAAAGUGGCCUAACAAAACAGAAAAUAGGUGUCACUCAACCACGUCGUGUUGCCGCCAUGAGUCUUGCUCAACGUGUAUCUACAGAAACUGGCACCCAAUGUGCACAUGAGAGAACACUUCGGACGGAUUUAAUUAUUGGUACACUCAAGUCAAUUAUGGAAAGGCGUAAAGCAGCAUCUAUGGAUCCACUCAAAGUGGUUAUCAUGAGUGCUACACUCGAUGCUGAGAAGUUUUCUCAUUUCUUCAACAACGCUCCAGUUCUCUAUGUAAAAGGACGUCAACACCCUGUAACAAUUUACAAUAGCUCAGAGGACUUACAAGAUUAUCUUGAUGCUUCACUCAAGACAAUCCUACAAAUACACCAGUCUGCUCCUCUACCAGGCGAUAUACUCGUUUUCUUACCUGGUCAGGAGGAGAUUCAAACUCUCGGAGCCUCAUUGAAGCUCUAUGCGGAUAAUAACACACUCAAAUGCGAUCUUAAUAUAUUACAACUCUACGCCUCACUCUCUCCAUCUCAACAACAGAAGGUUUUUGAACAAACACCAGAAAAUACUCGUAAAGUGAUUCUUUCCACUAACGUUGCUGAGACGUCUAUAACGAUAGCUGGAGUCAAGCAUGUAAUUGAUACUGGACUUGCACGUGAAAGGAAGUUCUAUACGUCCAAUGGUGGUGUAGGUAUUGACACUCUUUUCGUUAAACCGAUCAGUAAAUCAGCAGCUAUGCAAAGAGCAGGUAGAGCUGGUCGUGAAAGUGCCGGUAACUGUUAUAGAUUAUACACCGAGAAGACAUUCUUAGGAUUAUCUAACACAACAUCACCUGAAAUUGAGCGUACGAAUUUAAAUUUCGCUAUUCUACAAUUGAAAGCGAUUAGUGAAAAAACAUAUGAAGAAUUUGAGUGGUUAGAUACACCAUCUACGGAGGCAAUCCAACAAGCUAAUAUGAGUUUAUAUGGUUUGGGAGCCUUAGAUUGCGAUGGAUGCAUAACAGAACUUGGUCGCAGGAUAGCUGGUAUGCCACUUGAUCCAGCAAUCGCAAAAAUGCUUCUAAGUGCAUCAAGUGGUGGUUGUGUUUCCAAUAUCCUCUCGUUAUGUGCUCUUCUUUCAGUUGACUCGCCAAUCUACACAUCAACGACAAAUGAAGGAGAUGACAACACUCGCGAGCGCUUCGCAAGUCGCCACGGUGACCACAUUGCACUUCUCAACAUAUGGAAUGCUUACCAAGAUGUCGUCAAAGCAGGUACGAUUGUCGACGUUAAAGAAUGGUGUCAAUCAAACAAGUUGAGUCAACGUACGUUAAGACGCGCGAAAGAUAUACGCGGUCAACUUGAACAUCAAUGUAAGAAGGAGGGUAUGGAUGUAGAGCUCUCGACGACAGAUGAAGAAUUGAUUCUCAAGUGUGUUCUUGAGGACAAGGUGAUGGAACAUAUCGCCAAAUUGUCAACCAGCAAUUAGUCAAGAUACAUCCAACCUCUUGUCUCUUACAGCGUAAAGCACCUUGUAUCAUGUACAAUGAGCUCACGUUGACAACCGCAACUUACGCCAGAACAGUAUCUUCAAUUCAUCCAGCGUGGUUAAGGACUAUAUCAUUUUACAAUCAAAGAAGCAGUGCAUAAUAUAGACGUAAUAUUUAUCAUUUUUUUGUAAACACUUUAUUCAACAGUUGCAAUAUCCCUAUUGACAAAUUGGCUGAUAUCCCAUUCACCAUUCUUUUCAAUCACUUUCGCAUCUACUAGUGUGUCUAACGUAGAUUCAACGACAGACUUCUUAACGACGCGAAGGUGUGAUUUUGAGUACGUAACACCCUUGAUCCACUCUUGGACAUCUUGCUUAUCAUAAUUGAAAGUCUUAGCGACGUAAUCAACAGCCUCACCUGAAGUUCUGCUCUCAUCGAAUGCUCUAACAGCUUGGUCGAGAUUAUCAACGAAUUGAGCAACAAGACUGCGAUCAAGGGAUGGUUUAGCAACUAUACUCCAACUUGGCCAUGGUGUGAGUUGAUUACCGAUGAACUUAACUUCACCAGUUUUAACAUAUGGUAAAGUAGUGAACCAUUCCCACAUGAAGCAAGAAGUGCUGCCAUCAUUAACACUCUGGCGAAGUUUAGCAAAAUUGUCAUUAAUGAGGAACUUUGGAGGGUUCUUCCAUUCCUUUUGUAAAGCCAUAACAUUCGCCAUAACCUCACUACCACUUCCUUUUCUACUGAUACCAAUCGUCGUACCUUCCAAAUCCUUUAUAGAGGUAUAUGGUGCAUUAGCACCAGUUAUCACUGCCCAAUUGAGUGGUGAUUCUAUGUAUGUACCCACGAAUUUAAACUCUGUAGCUCCCUUCGCGAUACCGGCUAACAAAGACUCAGUGAGGGCGAGAGAGACGUCAAUUUCAUCAUUUUUAAACGCAUUGAUUAUCUGUCCUGUUCCACUAGGGCAAGGUACUAAAACAAAUGACUUUCCGUUGUCUUUCCCAGCGAGUUGUAAAAGCGGUGAUUGAAAGUGU